GUAACGGCCGUACUGCGCAAUUCCUUGAAAUCAAAUGACUUCCCUCAUCUAUUGUUCUAUGGACCACCCGGCACAGGCAAAACAUCCACCAUCCUUGCCAUAGCUCGCGAACUGUUUGGGCCUAAGUUAAUGAAAGAGCGCGUGCUGGAGCUAAAUGCGUCUGAUGAGAGAGGGAUUGAUGUGGUGCGGCACAAGAUUAAAAGCUUUGCACAAAUAGCCGUAGGUGGGACAAAGGCCAAGGGAUACCCCUCGCCACCAUUCAAGAUAAUCAUUCUGGACGAGGCCGACUCCAUGACAACGGACGCCCAAUCAGCACUCAGGCGCACAAUGGAGCUGCAUUCCAAGGUGACGCGGUUCUGUCUCAUCUGCAACUACGUCACGCGCAUAAUCGAGCCGCUAACCUCACGUUGCGCCAAGUUCCGAUUCAGGCCGUUGCCCCCUUCAGCCAUGCAGACACAGAUUAAGUUAGUAACGGAAAAAGAAGACAUAAAGAUCGCAGACGGUGUGCCUGAGGCACUGGUGACAGCCAGCGGAGGUGACAUGCGCCGAGUGUUAAAUCUGCUGCAGAGUGGGCACCGGUGGAAGGGCGCUGAGGGGAUAGAAGCCGACGACAUCGUCAGUAUCAGUGGGCUGGUGCCCUUAGCCGUGGUUGAUGACAUCCUCAGAGUGUGCCAAACAAACAACUACAGCGCAGUCGAGAAGAUGUGCACAGGCAUCAUCCUGGACGGAUACUCCAUCGCCUCACUAUUCGAUCAGGUGGCUCUGUUGGGUUGCAUACACCAACCGGAUGACAUUGAAACCCUGAGGCACAUGAGCACAAAGGACCUCUGUGCAGUAUAA